AUGGCGGAAAACAGUGAAAACCCACCAUCGUCAUCAUCAUCAUCGAUCAUGGUCCCGAAGCCGCGGCACCCGCUCCACCAAAUAGCGGAAACCCCCACCCACAAGCUCUUACUGAAGCAGUGGCUGAAGGAGGAAGAACUGAUCCUGAACAGAGUGUCUUUCAAGGAGUCACAGAUCGACUCAGUCCGCCGGGAAAUCACGCAGCUCUACGUCUUCUUCUUCCUUUUCCACUCCAUUUCCUUGCUUCUCCUCUUCAACCACGCUUCUUCUGUUUCCUCUGCUGCUGCUGCGGCGGCUUCUUCUGCCUCGUGCAAGCGAUCCUGGAUCCCGUUGCUCUCUUCGCUGCUCUGCUCGAUGGGGAUCGUGUGGGCGGUUCGGUACAAGACGGAUGUGGAAUCCCACAUGGAGAAGCUUCUGGAGAGGGAGAAGGAAGACGGGAAGCUGCUGGCGAAGUGCGUCGAGGAGUUGAAGAAAAAAGGUCUGGAGUUUGAUCUGUUGAAGGAAGUGGACGCGCUGAGGAGGGCGAAGAGCUUGAGGGUGGAAUCCAAGGCGGUGAAGAAGUGGUCUGCGAGGGAUUUCGCGACCCUGUUCUUCUUUACCGUUGCCUGCCUCGUUCUGGGUUUAACUAGAGUAAUAUUGUGCAGCUAG